AUGGCUGACUACGGGCAUGACCCCACGGAAACCGCGGUGCCGUUCGAAACCUUCCUCGAUGCGGGAUACGACAUAACCUUUGCAACGGAGACGGGGACCUCUCCCCGCUGCGACCAACGCAUGCUCGAAGGAUGGACGCAGAAACUCCUCGGAGCUAAAGCCUCGACAAUCGCCGCCUAUAACGCCAUGCUCACCCAUCCCUCUCUUCUCCAGCCACUCGGUUGGACCGAACCGUCAUUCUCCCUCGAGCCGUAUAACCUCGUCUUUCUGCCUGGCGGGCAUGAUUCCGGCGUUCGCCAAGUGAUCGACUCGGAGGUCGUACACAAGCACAUCGUUUCUUACUUCCCCCAUUGUCUGAAGUCCGCAGCCAACGCCAAAGCCAUAGCGGCGGUCUGCCAUGGCGUUAUGGUGCUCUCCGAAUCGUCGUACCCCGCGGAAUACCCAGACGCGGAGAAAGCGGGCAAGAGCGUCGCAUACGAUCUCGCGACCACGGCUCUCCCGCACACGUUCGAGCAAGGGAUCUGGCACGCGACGCGGCCCGUUCUGGGCGAUUACUACAAGACCUACGGCGCGGGGAGUCCGAGUGUGGAGCAAGCUGUCAAGGCGAAGCUGCGCGACCCGAAGACGCAGUGGAAGGGCGGCAUCGAUCCGCUGUGCGCCAACAUCGUCGAGGACGACGCGUACAACUACAUCAGCGCGAGAUUUCCGGGGGACGUGCCUGAGAUGGUCAAGGCAGUGCUGAAGAUGAUGGACAGGGUUCUGGAGGAGAAAGCUACCUAG